UCCUCAAAUUCAAAGAGCCGGUGUCCUAGCAAAACGUGAGGUGCUGUUUUUCUUUUACAUUUUGGUUUACCGUUUACAAGUAAUUGUACAGUAUAUCAAUAGUCAUAUUGUAUCAUUGGGCUACUCGAUAUUUCAACUCACUGGAUACGAACGCGUUUACGUUUAAGGACCAAAUAACGAGUCUUCGCAAGAUCCGGAUGAGACGAGGAUUGGUGCCGCAUUUUUUUCCUACAGCAACGUGGGUCACGCGCCAGAUAUAGUUGAACUGGAUCCCACAUCGGAAUAUUUGUAGAAUAAAUCGUCAAUUUCGUGGAUUACUGGAAUGCUGCUGUCUAAAUUAAACUCAUUCGCUCACAUCUCCACCGUUGAUAUGCCGGCGAAAAUCCAGCUUCAAGUUCACCAAGGGAAAGAGAGGGAGCCUUUCGAGAAGCUUUACCAGGUUGGCUCUGUGCUGGGAAGUGGCGGUUUUGGGACGGUGUAUUCUGGCACAAGAAUUUCAGAUGGAGCACUGGUUGCUGUCAAACAUGUGGCUAAGGAUCGGGUCUCGGAGUGGGGAGAGCUGCCAAAUGGCUCUCGUGUCCCCAUGGAGAUUCUACUCAUGAAGAAAGUUGGGAAUGGAGCUCGGGGCGUGAUAAAGAUGCUGGACUGGUACGAGCGACUUGACAGCUUUAUUAUUGUCAUGGAACGGCCGGAGAAGGUCAAGGACCUUUUUGAUUUCAUCACUGAGAAAGGUGCUUUACCAGAGGAGCUGGCAAAGAACUUUUUCUGUCAGGUUCUUGAAGCCGUUCGACAUUGCCACAACUGUGGGGUUGUACACAGGGACAUCAAAGAUGAAAACAUCCUCAUUGAUCUUCAGACGGGCGAAAUGAAGCUUAUUGACUUCGGAUCCGGGGCAUUGCUCAAAGACACUGUUUACACCGACUUCGAUGGCACUAGAGUGUACAGUCCACCUGAAUGGAUCAAAUACCAUCGGUACCAUGGGCGGUCAGCAACUGUUUGGUCUUUGGGUGUCCUGCUGUAUGACAUGGUGUGUGGAGAUAUCCCCUUCGAGCAGGACGAGGAGAUUGUACAAGGCCAGGUGCUCUUCAGACGAAGAAUCUCCACAGAGUGCCAGCAGUUGAUCAAGUUGUGCCUGUCCCUGAGGCCUGCUGAGAGGCCAUCGUUUGAGGAUAUCAUCAAUCACCCAUGGAUGCAGAGCACAGUGUCCUCAGCAGAGCAGAGCACAGAGAUCAGACUGCACAGCAUCAGUCAUGAGCCUACUGCGUUCACCACCGUGGUGGCCCAAUGACUGUAUCACUGCACUGACCGAGACUAGUAGAACACAGAGGACUGACGUGGCUGUACACCAAAGACAAUAUGGACUAUACAGAAGGAAGUUACAUUUUUAUUUAAAUAUCUCCCUCUUUCUCUUGUGGCCAGACCCCACCUGUUCACUCUCCUUUUGGACUUAAUGAAAACGUAACAUCCUUAAUGGCUACUUAAUUGGACACUGUAAUAUCAAAAGCUAUUCUCACCCCUAUGAAGGACUUGCUCUGUAAUAUUGGCUGUGGUGUGAGAGUAUGUACACCAGAAAGGACGAAGUCCAUCCCUAUUCAUGUGAUUUGUUCUGCUGAAGGCAUGAACAAGUGGACAGUCUUUGUUACAUAACUAGCUAGCUACCAACCAGCCAUUGUACUCUGCCCCGCCUCACUGAUGAGUGGGUGUCACAGGAAGCAAAGAGGAGCAAAUUGAAGUGCCUUUGGUGUGUCCGAUUGUUGGGGACCCUGGAAAUACUUGAAUUUCAUGAAGCCAACAUAUCACUUUUUUUUUUUUUUUUUUUACUUUACAAGGUUUUAUUUCCUGCUUUCGUCUUAUAGGACUAGAUCAGUAAAGCCUUUGCCAUUUUCCAAUACCGACAGCAGCCAGAGAACCUCCUAUAGUACACACAAACCUGUGCAAACAAAAACCGGAAGACUUACCUCACUUUCCUGCAUCCACCUCCGAGCUUUUAACGCCUGUCUACACACAACUACCACUCACCCAGACGUGAAUGCACACAGUAAUGCAAAGCGCCACACUAAAAUACUAAAUGCUUUUUUUGUUCGAGUAAACAUGUCUAUCUUUCACCUCACAGGCUAGGAAUAAGGCUAUUGUGAAUAAUAUUUGUGUGAUUUUUCUCACUCGAGCUGUGUGGAAUUAUUUAUUUAUUUAUAGAGAAUUUCGGCUGUAUAUUUCAUUCCACAGUUGUUGAAGGGCCCACAGAUUAUUUAAAUGUAUUUUGACCAUAUUUAUGGCUUGAAAUCUUCUGAGCAGAUGUUUGUGUAUGUAUGUAUGUAUAUAUAUAUGUGUGUGUGUGUGUGUGUGUGUAAAUAACCUUCAAAGCACUUCCAUUUUAAUGUAUGUUGAAAGUCUACUGAUGGUAACUGUUAGUUAUUUGUCUGCUGUUGAUUUGGAUGAAUUGACAAUGUUCUGAGUAAGCAAGUAUGUGUCAUACAUCAACAUUGUUUUCACCUCUUGUUGCAUGAUUGCAGCUUAGUUUGUUUUGUUUUCAUCCAAAUUAGAAUUGUAAAUUAUAUGAACUAUUUUUAUACGAUUUCAAUAAAUAUUUUUUUAACCUUGA